UGACAUUCGCAGAUGUCGCAGCACCUUGCGGGGCACCGGCCUGCCCGGCCCGGAUUGCGUUCCGAUUUCAUCAGCCCUGCGGACAGGCCCACGAAGUGUGGCCCGCAAGUUCCCAAACUUCCUAGACCUGCCCCCCCUCAACCCCCCACGCACUCUCCUUUGAAAGGUGUUCUUGUGAUCACAAACAUUUCAGAGUGACCCCCCCAAAAAAGAAAGACAAAGGUUGUUAUGGGACCCAGAUUGAGGGGGAGGCGAAGUUCUGCUUUUUUGUGUCCGGGGGGUCGGAGCCCAUGCGCAGGUGCAGCGCUCAUGUUAAGGGCCUGGAGCAGGUUGGCCGGCUUGACUGGUGUGUCUCGCUGAACUGAAGCACUUUCCAGGAUUUCAGAAAGGGCGCUUUCAGUUUGUUGAUACUGAAAACUGAAAUUUGCAUUUAACUGACGAGUGUGAGAAAUGCUCCUGAGAAGGUCACUGUAGCUCAGUAGCUAAAUAAGUGAAAUCUUACAGUGAACCGGGCUGGGGUCAUGGUUGUGGAUAGUCUCUCAAUAUCCUGAGACGUGUGUCCCAUUAUCUCAGCAGGAGAAAAAAAAAAAAAAGAAAGAAAAGGGGCCGUAGUAAUAAUGUUGAAAUGGGGCUGGAGAUGUGCACGGGGUUGGUUUAAAAAUGUCCUUAAGCUGCCUUGGGAAGGAAAGGUUGGGGAGGGACAAAUAAAAGUCCGGUUUCCUGCAUAGCCGGGUGGCCUGAGGGUGCUGUCCGUCAGGGAGCCGUCCGCCAGCCCCAGACAGAAGUGUUGCUAGUCCAUAAAUACAGUAGAACUCCAUAUGCUGAGUUUUUCAAUUUCUGCUGUUAGAAAGUUUGGGGGAGAAAAAGGGGAGACUUUGAAGUAUUUUGUUUAUACUAACAGAAGAGAAAAGUUCUCCUAAGAAAAAGCUGGUGGCAGGAGUGUAGAGGAGUAGCAUAUGGCAUUAAAAGGAGCACAGCUGGAGGUAGCAUUUCCAUCUGAACAUGAUGUCAGAGCAGCUGACAGCCUGCCAUCCCUCAGCCUUUUAUUCUAACACACAGACAGGGAGCCAGUGUGUGCGGAUCUGUGGUGGAGAAGGUAUCUCAUUCCUCUCUAACAUCAUCUCCACUUUGCAUCUGUCUCUCUUAGUCUGCUUUUUUUCCACCGAUGUAACAGACCUGGAGCCAGCAAGCCUCAGAGGAAAGGACUUAAUCAGGUUUAUGUGUCCUAAAGGUUAUGAAGACAGCAUGGAGUUCCCAGACCACAGCAGACAUUUGCUGCAGUGUCUGAGCGAGCAGAGGCACCAGGGCUUCCUUUGUGACUGCACGGUGCUGGUGGGAGAUGCCCAGUUCCGCGCGCACCGCGCCGUGCUGGCUUCGUGCAGCAUGUACUUCCACCUCUUCUACAAGGACCAGCUGGACAAAAGGGACAUUGUUCAUCUGAACAGCGACAUUGUUACCGCCCCGGCCUUCGCUCUCCUGCUUGAAUUCAUGUAUGAAGGGAAACUCCAGUUCAAAGACUUGCCCAUUGAAGACGUGCUCGCAGCUGCCAGCUAUCUCCACAUGUAUGACAUUGUCAAAGUCUGCAAGAAGAAGCUGAAAGAGAAAGCCACCACCGAGGCCGACAGCACCAAGAAGGAGGAAGACGCCUCGAGCUGCUCGGACAAAGUCGAGAGCCUCUCCGAGGGCAGCAGCCACAUGGCUGGCGACCUGCCCAGCGACGAAGAGGAGGGCGAAGAGGAGAAACUGAACAUCCUGCCCAGCAAAAGGGACUUGGCCGGCGAGCCCGGGACCAUGUGGAUGCGCUUGCCCUCGGACUCAGCAGGCAUCCCCCAGGCGGGCGGGGAGGCCGAGCCGCACGCCACAGCAGCUGGAAAAACAGUAGCCAGCCCCUGCAGCUCCACCGAGUCUUUGUCCCAGAGGUCUGUCACCUCCGUGAGGGAUGCGGCAGAUGUUGACUGCGUGCUGGACCUGUCUGUCAAGUCCAGCCUUUCGGGCGUUGAGAAUCUGAACAGCUCUUAUUUCUCUUCACAGGACGUGCUGAGAAGCAACCUGGUGCAGGUGAAGGUGGAGAAAGAGGCCUCCUGUGAUGAGAGCGAUGUUGGCACUAAUGACUAUGACAUGGAGCAUAGCGCGGGGAAAGAGAGUGUGGGCGCUCCUCCCAGGGUGCAGUACGAGCCGGCCCACCUGGCUCCGCUGAGGGAGGACUCGGUCCUGCGGGAGCUCGAGCGGGAGGACAAAGCCAGCGACGACGAGAUGCUGACCCCGGAGAGCGAGCGCGGGCCGGUGGAGGGCGGCAUGGAGAGCAGCCUGCUGCCCUACGUCUCCAACAUCCUGAGCCCAGCCGGCCAGAUCUUCAUGUGCCCGCUGUGCAACAAGGUCUUCCCCAGCCCGCACAUCCUGCAGAUCCACCUGAGCACGCACUUCCGCGAGCAGGACGGCAUCCGCAGCAAGCCGGCCGCCGACGUCAACGUGCCCACCUGCUCGCUGUGCGGCAAGACCUUCUCCUGCAUGUACACGCUCAAGCGCCACGAGAGGACCCACUCGGGCGAGAAGCCCUACACCUGCACCCAGUGCGGCAAGAGCUUCCAGUACUCGCACAACCUGAGCCGCCACGCCGUGGUGCACACCCGCGAGAAGCCGCACGCGUGCAAGUGGUGCGAGCGCAGGUUCACGCAGUCGGGGGACCUGUACAGACACAUCCGCAAGUUCCACUGUGAGUUGGUGAACUCCUUGUCUGUCAAAAGCGAAGCGCUGAGCUUGCCCACUGUCAGAGACUGGACCUUAGAAGAUAGCUCGCAAGAACUCUGGAAAUAAUUUUAUAUAUACAUAUAUAUAAUAUAUAUAU